UCCCGCCCUCCUCAGCCAGCUGGAACAACACCCUCAAGAAGAAGAAAAAGAAGCCCAUUCCUCCUUCAAGUAGAGACAUGAAAUAGUCCAAACGUAACAAUUAAAUGCACAAAUAAUGUCGGAGUCUCCCAACUUUUCAGAAAUAAUUUCUCAGAUUUUACAAGAGGUGCCAACAGUUAGCAGGAAUCUCGGUGAGAACCAAAACAACCUGCUUAAAGUUGCAGAUUACUGCGAAAACAACUACCUGCAGGCAGAUGAUCCAAGCAAGGUAUUGGAGGAGUCCAAGGCUUUAGCCAUUCAGGCGUUGGCGAGUGUAACUUACCAGAUCAACAAUGUUGCAACUUUACUGCUCAGACUGCUGGACUCUCAGACCAUGCAGCUCAGCAACAUGGAGUCUUCAGUCAACCUGCUGUCACUGGCUGCAGCCAUCCACUAUGAGAAGGUGGCCAGAAGGGAGAUCAGCACUUUCACCAUUUCCCAAAACAAGAUCCGCUCCAAACUUGUGGCCCGGCCUCCUUCAGGCAAGGAAGCAGAGAGAAGCUACUCCAGGGUACCAAUAUCAUACUCUAUUUUGGACUCCACUGGACAUUGUUUCCAGGUCACCAGGGAGACACCCACUAAGGGGCAAGGGAACACCGGGGACAGGACACUGAGCAUUGCAGAAGUUCCCUCGUCCAAUCAAGGCAUCGCUGUACCGCCACCAUCACUUCCUGCUGAUCCUAACACCCACAAUGACCUUCCUCUUCCUCCUCAUCAGCAAAAUUCAUUGGACCUCAGUAUGUCUCCUCCUCCUCCUCCUCCUCCUCCUCCUCCUCCUCCUGCAUCUCCCACUUCCUGUAUGGACACCAGCCUGCCAACACCACCUUCUUUGACCUCACCAACAUGUCUGCCCCCACCACCACCACCAAACAACCUCCUUUCUCCUUCUCCCGUAGCAGGAGGUAUGCAUCUCUUGCCUCCACCUCCACCCACUGGCAACUCCAACACUGUGCCUCCCACACCAAACAUCUUUUCACCUCCUGCAUUAGCAGAUGCUUCUCUCCCACCUCCCCCUGUAACAAGAGGUACACCACCACCUCCUCCUCCUCCUCCUCCUCCUCCACUUCCUGCAUCUCUCACUUCCUCUAUUGACGCCAGUCUGCCAACACCACCUUCUUUAACCUCACCAACACGCCUGCCCCCACCACCAAACAACCUCCUUUCUCCUCCCGUAGCAGGAGGUACGCAUCUCUUGCCUCCACCUCCACCCACUGGCACCUCCAACACUGUGCCUCCCCCACCAAACAUCUUUUCACCUCCUGCAGUAGCAGAUGCUUCUCUCCCGCCUCCCCCUGUAACAGGAGGUACACCACUUCCUCCUCCACUUCCAGCAUCUCCCACUUCCUGUAUGGACACCAGCCUGCCAACACCACCUUCUUUGACCUCACCAACAUGUCUGCCACCACCACCACCACCAAACAACCUCCUUUCGUCUCCCCUAGCAGGAGGUGCGCAUCUCUUGCCUCCACCUCCACCUCCACCCGCUGGCACCGCCAACAUUGUGCCACCCCCACCAAACAUCUUUUCACCUCCUUCAGGAGCAAAUGCCUCUCUACCACCUCCCAAUGUAACAGCAACUCCUCCUCCUCCUCCCCCCACUUCUGGUAUGGACACCAGCCUGCCAUCACCACCACCUCCUCCACCAAACUUAUUUUCUCCGCCUCAUGUAGCAGGAGCUCCUCCUCUCCCCCCUCCUCCUCCACCUCCACCCACUGGCAUCGCCAACAUGUUGCCAGCUCUUCCACCUCCACCCGUACAUUAACACACCCAUUUCCUAUGAAAGCAGCUGAAAUGCAACACUACUGUGUUACAGUAUAUAGUGUAUACAGUAUAAUGCAGUAUAUAUAAUACAGUAUACUGUAUAUCAGGGGUCAAAGACCUUUUUGAAACCAUGAGCUACUUCUUGGGUACUGAUUAAUGCGAAGGGCUACCAGUUUGAUACACACCUAAAUAAAGUGCCAGAAAUAGCCAAUUUGCUCAAUUUACCUUUAAUAAAUCAAUUUAUAUAUAUAUAUUUUUAAAAAAGGGGUAUUUCUGCCUGUCAUUCCGUCGUACAUUUUUUUUUCUUUUACGGAAGGUUUUUUGUAGAGAAUAAAUGAUGAAAAAACACUUAAUUGAACAAUUUAAAAGAAGAGAAAACACAAAAAAAAUGAAAAUAAAAUUUUGAAACAUAGUUUAUCUUCAAUUUCGACUCUUUAAAAUUCAACCAGAAAAAUGAAGAGAAAAACUAGCUAAUUCAAAUCUUUUUGAAAAAGUUUAUAAAAUAAUGUAUGGAACAUCAUUAGUAAUUUUUCCUGAUUAAGAUUUUUUUUUUAAUUUUGAUUACAUUUUUAAAUAGGUAAAAAUCCAAUCUGCACUUUGUUAGAAUAUAUAACAAAUUGGACCACAAUCCUUUUUUCUUCUAGAUUUUCCAGAACAAGAAUUUUAAAAGAAAUUCAAAAGACUUUGAAAUAAGAUUUAAAUUUGAUUCUACAGAUUUUCUAGAUUUUCCAGAAUAUUCUUUUUUAAUUUUAAUCAUAAGUUUGAAGAAAUAUUUCACAAAUAUUCUUGGUAAAAAAAACAGCAUGCUAAAAUGAAGAAUUAAAUUCAAAUGUAUUUAACAUUCUUUACAAAAAAAAAAAAAAAAAUACUUAAACAUUGAUUUAAAUUGUCAGAAAAGAAGAGGAAGGAAUUUAAAAGGUAAAAAGGUAUAUGUGUUUAAAAAUCCUAAAAUCCUUUUUAAGGUUGUAUUUUUUCUUUAAAAUUGUCUUUCUGAAAGUUAUAAAAAGCAAAGUAAAAAAAUAAAAGAAUUUAUUUAAACAAGUGAAGACCAAGUCUUUAAAAUGUUUUCUUGGAUUUUCAAAUUGUAUUUGAGUUUUGUCUCUCUUAGAAUUAAAAAUGUCGAGCAAAGCGAGACCAACUUGCUAGUAAAUAAUAAAAAAUAGAGGCAGCUCACUGGUAAGUGCUGCUAUUUGAGCUAUUUUUAGAACAGGCCAGAGGGCUACUCAUCUGGUCCUUACGGGGUACCUGGUGCCCGCGGGCACCGCGUUGGUGACCCCUGGUAUAUAUGAUACAGUGCAUAUUAUACAGUAUAUAUGAUACCGUAUAGAGGUGAGUGCCAUUCAAUACUGUAUGUUGAUGAUCACCUCAGCACUACUCCCUGAUGACAACUACUUCUAUAGCAGAAUAUUUUGGUCCAAGCUCUUGUUGGGCCUCGCACAUCCAACAUGUUUGAACAGCACUCAAGACAUUCCUAGAAAACAAGCUCCAACACACUUUGUCCUUCCUCUGCCUUAUUGGCUCUCUUUUUAGAAUGUGCUAGAAUUUCCAAAAACAAAAGACUGCGACCUUUGAUCCGAUGACAGCGGCAUUAUUGUAUGAUAUAAAUAUGACGACAAUAUACCCACGCAUGGAGCCCUUGAUAGCGUCAGUGAGCUUGUAAAAUGAUUUUAACGAGGGUUUCACCUGCAGGGCAAGUUGGCACACAGGAAGAGGAGGGAGGAGUCAAGUUGUUACUACAUCAAACUUUAUACAACUACAACUAGCACAUGCUGUAUAGCGUACAGUGUGUUAGUCAUUUUAUAAUACAAAGUAAAAACAGUAAAACGCUGACUGAUCUGUUGAUAAUGAUGUAAACCAUGGGUGUCAAACUCCGGCCCACGGGCCAAAUUUGGCCCGCCAUGUAAUUUCAUUUGGCCAUUGAGGCAAUAUCAAAUUAACAGUAGAGCUGGCCCACCGGUAUUAUAGAGGGUCUGUGCCGCUGUAACACCACGUACACCGCUAAUAUUCAUACUUGCCAACCCUCCCGAUUUUCCCGGGAGACAUCCGGAGUUCAGUGUCCCUCCCGAAAAUCUCCCCGGGCAACCAUUCUCCCGAAUAUCUGCCUUUAACGUUCUUUAAAACCUGUCGUCACGUCCACUUAUCCUCCAUACAAACAGCUUCAUAAUAUAAGCGGCUUAUAUACACUCAUAAGUGAAUGCAUCGCAUACUUGGUCAACAGUCAUACAGUUGACACUUGAGGGUGGCCGUAUAAACAACUUUAACACUGUUCCAAAUAUGUGCCACACUGUGAACCCACACCAAACAAGAAUGACAAACACAUUUCGGGAGAACAUCUGUAUCGUAACACAACAGAACAAAUACCCAGAAACCCUUGCAGCACUAACUCUUCUGGGACACUACAAUACACGCUACCACCUAAAACGUUAAUUUGUUCAACCUUGGCCCGCGGCUUUGUUCAGUUUUAAAUUUUGGCCCACAAUGUAUUUGAGUUUGACACCCCUGAUCUAAACGAAGGGGUGGCGUCGCUCAGAUGCUUCCGCCAUCCUAGUCACUGCCGUUGUGUCCUUGGGCAAGGCACUUCACUUGGUAAAAUAAAGGUUAACAUUUUGUUUAAAUCCAUUUUGUAAUUCAUUACAAUUGUUGAAUUGCGCCCUGCAAUGAGGGAGCAACUUGUCCAGGGUGUAGACCGCCUUCCGCCCGAUUGUAGCUGAGAAGGCACCAGCGCCCCCCCGCGACCCCAAAGGGAAUAAGCGGUAGAAAAUGGAUGGAUUGUUGAAUUGCUUCUAUAGACUGUAGUCAUUUUAAUGUAAUAAUUAGCAUGAGUAAUAAAGUAAUCUGUAAUAAAUAUUUGCUGUUAAUAAGAAAUAUUGGAGAAUACAAUGCAAGUCUGUUAACAGCCUUUUUUUAAAAAUGAUAAUUAUUACGUUCCUGACAUUCCUGCCACGGGCGCCGGAUCCAACUGACUUGAAACCAAAGCCGUGCAGGAACGUCUCAUCAGAGCAAAGUAUAUUAAUGAUUACAAUUAUUGUCAUUACUUAAAUAAAAAUGGGAAAGCAGUCUGUUUAAAUUGACUUUUUUUUUUCAAAUAAGUGAAUUUUAGAACCCUGCAACAACCUAAUUUUGUUCUUCUUCUCAGCAGAUAUUGUAAAAGUUUUUAUUCUAUCGACUGUACAUCCGUAAAGUAUUCACAGCGCUUCCUUAAGUUAUGUUACAGCCUUAUUCCAAAAUGUAAUAAUAUAAAUUUUUUGUCCUCAAAAUUCUGCACACAACACCUCAAAAUGACAAGUUUUUGUUUUUUUUCCUUAAAAAAAACCAUGUACAUAAGUAUUGAGAUCCAUGGAUCAAUACGUUGUUGAUGCACCUUUGGCAGCAAUUAUAGCCUCAAAUAUUCUUUGAAUAGGAUGCCGCAAGCUUGACACACCUAACUUUGACCUCUUUGCAGCACCUCUUAACCUUCAUCAGGUUGGAUGGCAAGUGUUGGUUUUUAUCCGGGAUGUCUCUGUACAUUGCUGCAUUCUACUGUGUACAUGUGAGUACAUCGUUUUUUUGAAUACACUUGCAAAUUAACCACCAAAAAAAAAACCUUCACAUUGUCACAUGGUAUUGUCUGUAUAAUUUUGAGCACAAAAAUGUGUGUAUUCCAUUUCGGAAUUGGGCUGUUACAUAAAAUGUGGAAAAAGUUAAGUAUUUUCUGGAUGUGCAGUAUUUCAGGCACAACCAACCAAAUGUAUUUAAUUCAAGUUAGUAAUAUAAAUGCAACUAUUUAGUUUCUGCUUUAUGCAAUUAUGUUUAUGGGCUUCAUUUAUUCUAAACCCGCAAAACGUAACCACUUUUGUCAUUUCUGUAAGAAGCUUAAACAAGAAGAUACGGCCAUGGCCAUGUAGAAAAAUAAUAUCAAUGAGUUAUCAGCUUGCCAGAUGGCAUGUGCUGCUCACGGCCACUAGGGGGCAGAUUUACUAGUAUCUAGGGUAGUGGUUCUCAACCUUUUUUCAGUGAUGUACCCCCUGUGAACAUGUUUUUAAUUCAAGUACCCCCUAAUCAGAGCAAAGCAUUUUUGGUUGAAAAAAAGAGAUAAAGAAGUAAAAUACAGCACUAUGUCAUCAGUUUCUGAUUUAUUAAAUUGUAUAACUGCAAAAUAUUACUAAUUUGUAGUGGUCUUUCUUGAACUAUUUGGAAAAAAAAGAUAUUAAAAAAAAUAAACUUGUUGAAAAAUAAACAAGUGAUUCAAUUAUAAAGAUUUCUACACAUAGAAGUAAUCAUCAACUUAAAGUGCCCUCUUUGGGGAUUGUAAUGGAGAUCCAUCUUGAUUCAUGAACUUAAUUCUAAACAUUUCUUCACAAAAAAAGAAAUCUUUAACAUCAAUAUUUAUGGAACAUGUCCACAAAAAAUCUAGCUGUCAAAACUGAAUAUUGCAUUGUUGCAUUUCUUUUCACAGUUUAUGAACUUACAUUCAUAUUUUGCUGAAGUAUUAUUCCCUAAAUAUAUUUAUAAAGGAUUUACGAAGUGUUGCUAUUUUUAGAAUAUUUAAAAAAUAAUCUCACGUACCCCUUGGCAUACCUUCAAGUACCCCCAGGGGUACGUGUACUCCCAUUUGAGAACCACUGAUCUAGGGCAGCGUGUCAAAAGAUUUGGCCUGUCACAUUAUGCCAUACGGCCCGUGAAAACCUGGUGAUGAUAUGCGUCAAUAAAGUACAAUAUUUUUUCUUA